CGGAGCCCGCGCCCAGCCAGAGCCCGCGUUGGAGCCGCCGCUCGCGCCCAGCAGAGCGAGCCCAGGCAGCGCAGCCUUGGGAGGGGGCUUCCCCGGACCCCUCCCCCGGCCCGGGCCCCUGGAGCCCGACCUUCCGGGCAGGGAGGCGGAGUCCCCGGUGCAAAGUCCGGGGACCAGCAGCCGAGGACGCCAGGGUCCCGGAGCCAACAGGAGGUUUGGGGCUGGGACCCCAGAGACCUAGGUGCAAGGGAAGUGGGCUGAGGCCAGGCCAGGGCUCCCCUCCCUCUGCAGAGCCCAGGAUGCCCCUCGGCUGCAGCAGCUUCUGAGCUCAUGGAGCCCUCAGCCACCCCAGGGGCCCAGACGGGGACCCCCACUGGUGGUGGGGAACCGUCACCGUCACCGGUGCCUCCUGACUACGAAGACGAGUUCCUGCGCUAUCUGUGGCGCGAUUAUCUGUACCCGAAGCAGUACGAGUGGGUCCUCAUCGCUGCCUACGUGGCUGUGUUCCUUGUGGCCCUGGUGGGCAACACGCUGGUCUGCCUGGCCGUGUGGAGGAACCACCACAUGAGGACGGUCACCAACUACUUCAUUGUCAACCUGUCCCUGGCUGACGUGCUGGUGACAGCCAUCUGCCUGCCAGCCAGCCUGCUGGUGGACAUCACUGAGUCCUGGCUCUUCGGUCAUGCCCUCUGCAAGGUCAUCCCCUAUCUCCAGGCCGUGUCUGUGUCAGUGGCAGUGCUGACUCUCAGCUUCAUCGCCCUGGACCGCUGGUAUGCCAUCUGCCACCCGCUGUUGUUCAAGAGCACCGCCCGGCGUGCCCGUGGCUCCAUCCUGGGUAUCUGGGCUGUGUCACUGGCUGUCAUGGUGCCUCAGGCCGCCGUCAUGGAAUGCCGCAGCGUGCUCCCUGAGCUAGCCAACCGUACCCGGCUCUUCUCGGUCUGUGAUGAACACUGGGCAGAUGACCUCUAUCCCAAGAUCUACCACAGUUGCUUCUUCAUUGUCACCUACCUGGCCCCGCUGGGCCUCAUGGCCAUGGCCUAUUUCCAGAUCUUCCGCAAGCUCUGGGGCCGCCAGAUCCCUGGCACCACCUCGGCCCUGGUGAGGAACUGGAAGCGGCCCUCAGACCAGUCGGAGGACCAGGGACAGGGCCCCAGCACAGAGCCCCCGCCUCGGGCCCGGGCCUUCCUGGCCGAGGUGAAGCAGGUGCGAGCUCGCAGGAAGACGGCCAAGAUGCUGAUGGUGGUGCUGUUGGUGUUUGCCCUCUGCUACCUGCCCAUCAGUGUCCUCAAUGUCCUCAAGAGGGUGUUUGGGAUGUUCCGCCAAGCCAGUGACCGAGAGGCCGUCUACGCCUGCUUCACCUUCUCCCACUGGCUGGUCUAUGCCAACAGCGCAGCCAAUCCCAUCAUCUACAACUUCCUCAGUGGCAAAUUCCGGGAGCAGUUUAAGGCUGCCUUCUCCUGCUGCCUGCCUGGCCUGGGUCCCUGCGGCUCUCCGAAGGCCCCCAGCCCCCGCUCCUCUGCCAGCCACAAGUCCUUUUCCUUGCACAGCCGGUGCUCCGUCUCCAAAGUCCCUGAGCACGUGGUGCUCACCAGUGUCACCACGGUGCUGCCCUGAGCGAGGGCUGCCCUGGUGGCGGCAGGGUGUGCAAGCCUUGGGCUUGCACCUCUGGCUCCUGGGGGACCCACCUCCUCGUGGAGACUGCUGGAUGCAGGGGGGAGGCUGGGGCUCCAGACCUGGUUUUCUGCCUGUUUAACUCUGGGCAAGUGACUUCCCUUCUCUGAGCCCUGUCUCCUAAGCAGGAUUGAUGGGAGGAUUAAGCAUGCUCGAGAAAGCGGAAAGCCUUUUGUAGAUUGGGAAGUGUCAUGGAUAGGAUUAUCAUAUUCCUCUCGAGUGGCUGUGCCCCACGGUACCAUCCAUCCCCAUCGUCCUUCCGCAGCCUGGCCUUCCUCCCAAAGAUCCCCCUCCCACCCAAUCACAGGCCUUCCCUGGAGUCUGCUGUAAGGGUCCCGGCAGGCAUUCCCAUCUGGCCGAGUGGCUCCGGCUAAAGCCCAGUUGUUCUGAGGCCCGUGCGAACUAAUCUGGGUCCAUCCAGCCUUCUCCCAGCGGGAACAGAGCCCCGUCCUCACCAGGCGCCCGGUGCACACACCAUAGACUGGACUCCGUUGGCUUUCUGGUGUGAUAGAACACUCUCCAUGUGGCCAUUUGGCAUGGAGGCCAGCAGCCUGAAGCAAUUGUAAUUAAAAGCCUGGCACUGAA